GUGUUACAUAGUGAAAGAAGCGAUAGGUAGCAAAGGGUGUUAGGGAAAGGGGAAAGAAAAUGGUGUGCAUAAGGAAGGCGACGGUGAAGGACCUUCUGGCGAUGCAGGCGUGCAACCUCUUCUGCCUUCCUGAGAACUAUCAGAUGAAGUAUUACUUCUAUCACAUCCUCUCAUGGCCUCAGCUUCUCUACGUCGCCGAAGACUACAACGGUCGCAUCGUCGGCUACGUUCUCGCCAAGAUGGAGGAGGAAACCACCGACUGCCACGGCCACAUAACCUCCCUUGCCGUCCUCCGCACCCACCGCAAACUCGGUCUCGCCACCAAACUCAUGACCGCCGCACAGAACGCCAUGGAACAGGUGUUUGGUGCCGAGUACGUGUCCCUGCACGUGCGCAAGAGCAACCGCGCGGCCUUCAAUUUGUACACCGAGACCUUGGGGUACAAGAUUCAUGAUGUGGAGGCUAAGUAUUAUGCGGACGGAGAGGAUGCUUAUGACAUGAGGAAGCAGCUCAAGGGGAAGCAGCAGCAUCAGCAGCACCAUCAUCACCACCAUCACCAUCACCACCACCACCAUCACGAACAUGGAGGCAUGUGUUGUUCCGGAGAGGUCAAGGGGAAUGCCAAAGCCACCUGAUUGAAUGGUACUAUAGAUUGGUGUCGUGCUAUGCGGAGCGGCAUUGAUCUACUGGAGCUUCAUUUGUUUGGCACCAUGGUGCGUGCCAGCAUAGCUGUAGCUGUUGUGGCCACUACUGUCUACAGUUUUGCUGGGAAAAAGGUUUGUUGGUUGUUCUACUUUCUUCAUAGUAGCGGUUACUACUUUGUGUUUAUGUCACUGUAGCUGCAUGUUUUGAAUUGGCGAUUCAUGCCAGUACCUGUAGUUAAUCACUAGGUAUGAGAGAAAUCGAGGAUAAAUAUUUGCAGUACCAAGGUCCUUAUCAAUGGACUGUUACUUCCUUGCUGUGGAUAAACUAAAAUUGAGUAUUUUUCAUUUCUGAUGCAAAUCGGGUGGAAGAAUUGGGUGAUUAUGGAGUCAGUAUAACAAGGAUCUUGACGAAGAAAAGAUGCUUUUAUUUUCAAAUUUGAGGUGGUUCUUGGAGUAUUUCAAAGUAAAUAAUUUAGUGCACUAAUUUAGGUAUAGUAUUUGAAGUUCCUCUUUGAAGAUUGUAACCUAUUGCAGGCAAAAGUAGAACUGUGUAGAGAUCCAGUUUCUUCAGAGGUUUUCCUUUUACUUUAUUUUUCUUAUUAAUACUUGUAGUAGCAGCUAAUCCGCAUCGUAAUUUCAAUUUAAAGAAACAUUCUUUCACC